CAACUCUUUCUCACCUUUAGUACGACGCGUCCACUCGAUGAGGACGAGGACAAGGUCCAGAGUCCGUUAUUCAUGUUCGACUCCGAUGAAGACUUCCCCGAUGACUUCGUCUUGGAUGAUCAAACGCUGGCCAUCCUUGACAAGGAGGAGUCCAGGUUUGAGGAGUCCAGACGUGUUGAUGAGCCCGACGUAGAGGACCUGCCACCCCCAGCGAAGCGGCAAAAACUGGACACAGGUCCUCCGCAGGAUUUCAGUGCUUUCAGUCGCUCUCCUGAUGAUACCGAAAAUUUACCGGACAUCACGCUGUGCGAUGACGACACGUACAAAGUUGAACUGCCGCAACAGUCUAUCAUAUCGGCCCCUCAAGCUACAUCUAUUGUGAACCCAUCUCUUAUAGCAUUGGAAAGGCAUCUGGCUUGCUUGCGAAAGCAAAAGAACGAGCUUCACAAAGAGAAAGUGAGGCUGCAGGAAGAGUUGCGACACACGCUUUCUGCUAAACUCGCCAAAGAAGGGGAAGUUGUCAUACUAAGGAAAAAUAUCGAGAAGCGCAAACAGCGAAGCUCAGGGCGGCCAAGGAGGAGUCGGAGGCCAAACAAACGCAGAUGCAAAAAGAAAUGAAAGAGGAGGCAGAACGCCUGAAGACAUUGUUUACUUUCAAGCAACACGAAAUAGAGACAUCUACCCGAAAGUCUCCAUGGUCUGCGCGCUCCAAGAAAGCCCCAAUGGCACCUCUUGCGACGCCCGUACCUUUAUCUUUGCAGAUGCAAAGGUGGGAUGAAAGCGGAGCUGUGGCAGGCCCUUCGAGAAUCAUACAGGAGAGCCCUACCCGACCUCGCUUUGG